CCUGGCCCGCCCCAGAGCGGCUAUAAGUUCCCCUGGCCCCGAGGUACCCACCCACAGCGGUCACGCCUGGACCCGAGUUGGAGCAGCCCCCUGCUGAGACCAUGGCUGAGGAGCUGGUGCUGGACAGGUGCGAGCUGGAGCUGGAGGCCAACGGCCGCGACCACCACACGGCCGACCUGUGCCGGGAGAGGCUGGUGGUGCGGCGCGGGCAGCCCUUCUGGCUGACGCUGCACUUCGAGGGCCGGGGCUACGAGGCCAGCGUGGACACGCUCUCCUUCACGGUGACCACAGGCCCAGUGCCCAGCCAGGACGCCUGCACCCAGGCCCACUUCCCCCUGUCUGAGGCCGAGGAGCAGGGGGCCUGGGCGGCCACGGUGGUGGACCAGCAGGAGGGGGUCCUGUGGCUGCGCGUCAGCAGCCCGGCCAACGCCCCCGUGGGCCUGUACAACCUGACCCUGGCCACCUCCACCGGCUACCAGGGCUCGAGCUUCAUGCUGGGAAACUUCGUCCUGCUCUUCAACGCCUGGUGUCCGGCGGACGCCGUGUACCUGGAGUCGGAGGAGGAGCGUCGGGAGUACGUGCUCGCACAGCAGGGCUUCAUCUACCAGGGCUCGGCCAAGUUCAUCAACAGCGUCCCCUGGAACUUCGGGCAGUUUGAAGACGGGGUCCUGGAUGCUUGCCUGAUGCUGCUGGACGUCAACCCCAAGUUCCUGAAGAAUGCCGGCCGGGACUGCUCCCGCCGCAGCAGGCCUGUCUACGUGGGCCGGGUGGUGAGCGCCAUGGUCAACUGCAACGAUGACCAGGGCGUGCUGGAGGGCCGCUGGGAUAACAACUACGCCAGCGGCGUCAGCCCCAUGUUCUGGAGUGGCAGCGUGGACAUCCUGCGGCGCUGGAAGGACUUCGGCUGCCAGCGGGUCAAAUACGGCCAGUGCUGGGUGUUUGCCGCCGUGGCCUGCACCGUGCUGCGGUGUCUGGGCAUCCCCAGCCGCGUGGUGACCAACUACAACUCGGCCCACGACCAGAACAGCAACCUGCUCAUCGAGUACUUCCGCAACAAGUUCGGGGAGAUCCAGGACAAGGGCGAGAUGAUCUGGAACUUCCACUGCUGGGUGGAGUCGUGGAUGACCAGGCCGGACCUGCAGCCGGGGUACGAGGGCUGGCAGGCCCUGGACCCCACGCCCCAGGAGAGGAGCGAAGGCACCUACUGCUGUGGCCCUGUGCCAGUUCGUGCCAUCAAAGAGGGCGACCUGACCCCCAAGUACGACGCCCCCUUCGUCUUUGCUGAGGUCAACGCUGACGUGGUGGACUGGAUCCAGCAGGAAGACGGGUCCAUGCACAAGUCCAUCAACCACUCCCUGAUCGUGGGGCUGAAGAUCAGCACGAAGCGGGUGGGCUGUGACGAGAGGGAGGACAUCACCCACAACUACAAGUACCCAGAAGGGUCCGCGGAGGAGAGGGAGGCCUUCACGAGGGCCAACCACCUGAACAAGCUGGUGGAGAAGGAGGAGCCGGGGGUGGCCCUGCGGAUCCGCGUGGCCGAGGGCAUGAAGAUGGGCAGCGACUUCGACGUCUUCGCGCACGUCUCCAACCGCACGGAGGAGGAGCUCACCUGCAGCCUGCUGCUCUGUGCCCGCACCGUCAGCUACAACGGGGUCCUGGGGCCCGAGUGCGGCGCCCAGCACCUGCCCGACCUCCUCCUGGAGCCCGACUCCGAGAAGAGUGUGCCCCUGCGCAUCCUGUAUGAGAAGUACUGCGACUGCCUGACCGAGUCCAACCUCAUCAAGGUGCGCGCCCUCCUCGUCGAGCCCGCUGGCAACAACUACGUGCUGGCCGAGAGGGACAUCUACCUGGAGAACCCCGAGAUCAAGAUACGGAUCCUGGGCGAGCCCAAGCAGAACCGCAAGCUGGUGGCUGAGGUGUCCCUGCACAACCCCCUCGUGGUGCCCCUGUCGGGCUGCGUCUUCACCGUGGAGGGCGCCGGCCUGACGCAGGAGCACAAGUCUGUGGAAGUCGCGGACCCCGUGGAGGCGGGCGAGGAGGUGAAGGUGCGGGUGGACCUGCUCCCGCAGUUCGUGGGCCGCCACAAGCUGGUGGUCAACUUUGACAGCGACAAGCUCAAGUCCGUGAAGGGCUUCCGGAACGUCAUCAUCGGCCCGUCCUAAGGGGCGCCCGUGCCGGCCCCUCCGCAGCAGGCCGAGCGUCCCCGCCGUGGCCCCCCUCCGUGGCCCAGGCUACCGAGCAGCAAUCCGCCUCUUCUGGGGCUGCGGCUUCCCUGGGAGGGCGGGGCGGCCUGCGGGGGGCGCUCUUUGGAAUAGAAUGUGCUUCUGCUCCGCCUGUCUGUCAGUCUGUCUGUCUCUCUCUCUCCCCCUACCUCCCGCUCCCCUCACCUGUCAGGAAAGCUCGGGGCCUCUGCAGCGGGACCCCGACCUCAGGAGCCUGGGCGUGGGGUGGGGGCCGAGGGCUCACGGGCCUCGGGAGACGCAGAGAGGUGCUGCGUUGCUGCAUCUACUCCGCGGGCAGAGCUGGGCCUCCGUGUCAGGGCGUGCCCUGCACCCCCUGCCCCAGACUGCACCCGGAGGACCCGGGCACAGCCCCCCACCCCACAUCCCAGUGGUCCUGGCUCUCAGACCCUCCCUUACGUGCUGACAAGGACACCAACCCGUUUCUUGGGGAAACCGAGGCUCCGGGAAGAAAGGUGGCCACCGGCAGCUGUUGGCGAGGCCCGGUUGCGUGAAGGGUGGGCAGGGGGCAGGGCCUUCUGACUCCGAGUCCAGCCCCUGCCCACGAUGCCAGCACCGCCCGGAGACUGUCAGAGGAUACGGUGGGGGCCCAGAGGGCCAGGGAGGGAUUGAGGCCUCAGGGCCUGGCAUUCAGGCAGUUGUGACCAGCCACGGUCCCCUCGCUGGGCCUUGGUUUCCUCGCGGUCAGGGGAGGGGCGGGUUCAGCUCAUCUCGCAGGCCCUGCCUGGCCCACCAGUCCUGCCCAGCCUCGGAGCCCCAGGCCACAGGUGUGGGAUGUCCCUGACCGAACCACCUUCCCGCCCCCAGCCCAGUUCAGGCCCCCAGCCCGACCCGUACACCUUCCUUCAGGCCCCGUCUUCCUUCGGGCAGCAGCCAGAGUCCCUGACCACCGCCCCCCGCCCUACAGCCCCCAGGAGCCUGCCCCGCUGCCAUGCCUACCCUCUGCCGGAUGCUACCCAACGGGCUGCCCUCUCUCCCAGGGCGGGGCCGUGAACACAGCCCUGAGGCUGAGGUUGCGUAGGGAGCCUAUGAGUAUUCGUGCCUGAUUCUAUCCCUCACUCUGUCCCCGGGACCAGUUCUCCUUCAGGAAGGGAAGUAGGGAGACUUCUCUCUCUCCCUCCCUCCCUCUCUCUCUCUCUCCCUCUCUCUCGUGGGGGUCCCAGUCCGGGGAGGGCUGUAGGGACGGUGAUGCUAAUGCUCCCAGAACUCGGAGCUUUGCACAGAGGCAGGCCUUGGGCUGGGCGGGCGGGGGUCCCUGCUCGAGGCUCUCCGGCUUCAGAACGCUUUGGGGUUCCGGGCAGACGUAGACGCGCUUUUGAGCCACACAGAGCAAACACUGAAAUAA